AUGGCGUCCCAAUUCUCUGGCACUAACGGUGCCGAUAUUAAAACCUCUCCCGCUCCCGCCGGAACGUCAAAAAACCUACCACCAUUAUCGACAAAGCUUCCAACUCUAACGCCUCAAUCACAGCUCACCGGAGCAGCCGCAUCAAACCGACAGCGAAGCCCCUCACCAAAGAUCAUGUCGGAGGAAAAAAAGAGCAACAUCCCCGCCGCCACAACUUCCACCACGACUACCACCAAUGAACCACCAAAACAGUCCCCGAAUCCCGCAGCGCUGUUAACUGCUGGCUUUGGGGUGAGUACUCCCACGGACGCGCCCAGGGAGGCUACUCCUUCCAGGGAACUUGGCAGCCUACCCGGUGUCGCGGCGGCAGCUGCGGCGAUGGAAGAGCGCCAGUCCCCAACAGCAACCACCUUGUCGGGAACGGACAGCGCGGGUCUUGCUCCCGCACCACCACUACCGCCGCCACCACCACCACAAGACGCUCCGUCGCUUCUGCUGCAAGAUCCGUACCCGCCUCUCCAACCUCAACCUCCCCCGCCGCAACUAGCCCAGACACCGCAACAGCAAGAUCAACAGGACGCAAGCACUUCCGCAUCCUCACAAUUCAACCCAAAUCCGACCACUCCGGUAACCCCCUUCAGUCCCUCCGGCUCUAGCGCCGGUGUCCGAGGAAAACAUACCUGUCCACAUUGCAUGAAGACGUUCACGCGCCACCACAAUCUCAAAUCACACCUGCUCACACACGCUCACGAGAAGCCAUACCUGUGCACAACCUGCCAAGCACGUUUUCGCCGCCUGCACGAUCUGAAGAGACAUUCGAAGCUGCAUACCGGCGAGCGGCCACACGUUUGCACCAAGUGCGGACGGAGGUUCGCCCGCGGGGAUGCGUUGGCGAGGCAUGCCAGGGGCGAGGGUGGAUGCGCGGGGAGGAGAGGGAGUAUGAGUGGGUUGGGUGAGGAUGGAAGUAUGGGUGUUGGGGAGCAUGAGGACGAAAUCGGGGACCUGGAUGGCUUGAUGGAUGAUCCGGAUGGGGAUGUUAUCAUGGAUGAUGCUGGGUCUCCUGCUGGCGCGAGUGGCAGUGCGGCCGCGGGGGGAGGAAGACGCGGACAGUCACUACCCUCCCUCCACAUACCAAAUACCCCCAUGACUCCCCCGAGCACAUAUCCUACCACUGCGACACCUAUGAACCCGAACAGCAGCGCGUCAACCGCCUCCUCUUCAACGACUCUGACGGGCCGCCACCCCCAUCACCAUCACCCCCCCCCAGCACCACCAUCCGCACCACAGCACUUACCCACCGCCUGGCACCCGCUCAUUAGCUACCCCCUCGACGGCUACAAAUCCCCCAUCGGCUACGUCCACCACCUCAUCCUCUGCCCCCGGCCAAACCGCACUCUCAGCAUCGGCCCCCAGUCCCCCACUCUUUACUUCUAGCAUCACUUUCAACAGGCCUCCCGCUCCCGCUACUACCCCUACCCCUUCUUCCACCGCCGCUGCUACCACCGCUAAUAGCACGGUGCUCUCACCAGCAGGCGUACUCACUGAUUCCCCGGGAGCGGUAAGUCCCGGAAUGACGCGCGAGCGCACACCGAGCUUUACCAGUUCGGGGGGAUUCUUGUCACCGCCGGGGCCGGUCGUGACGAGUUCUAGUGCGGCGGGCGGGAGGUCAGGCGGGACGGGAGCAGCAGGCGGAGGGGCGGGGAGUAGUAAUGUUUUCGCAGCGGGGAUGGACGGUGUAUGGGCUUACAUCCGUAGUUUGGAAGAUAGGGUCCGGUUAUUGGAGGAGAGGGCUGGAAGUAGGGAAUAG